AUGUCCCUCGGCAAGCUCGUCUCUGAGUUCCUCAUGAGGCGGUUGAACUCCCUCCAGGUCGUCGAAGACUCGAGGCACGAAGCCUGGCUCGCGAGGAUAAGGAGUAGGCCCGCGGGCAUCCCCCUCAUCACGGUAGCCAACCAUGAAUCCUGCUGCGACGAUCCGGGGCUGAUGGGAGCGCUGACUCCAUGGGACGUUGCCAUCGACCCCAUCCGCAUGCGCUGGGGCCUCUGCACCCAGGAAAUUUGCUUCCCCAAGGGCAAACAUCUGAUCCACACCUUCAUCGGGUGCGGACAAGCGCUGCCGAUCCGGAGAGGAGGAGGAGUCGACCAGCCGCUCCUGUUCGACGUGGCGCGAGAGCUCGCAGCAGGGCGAUGGGUACAUGUGUUCCCUGAGGCCAGGGUGGUCCAGUCCUGCACUAUCGGCCUUGACCCCCUCACGCGCCGGACGGCGGACGAGUUGAGGGAGAUGGGGAGGCUCAAGUGGGGAGUGGGCAAGCUCAUUGCGCACUCCCCGGUGACUCCCAUCAUCAUCCCCCUCUACCACAAAGGGAUGGCUGGCGUCAUGCCGCAGAAGAACAGGCUGCUCUCUGUCUUCCCGAGGGGAGGAGGAUACGUCGUUGUGCGGUUCGGAGAGGAGAUCAAGGUAGACGACCUGAUCUCUGAGCACGAGAGCCUCUACGGCCCGCUCCCCAAGGUGACAACAGAAGGGCUGCAAGACGGCAUCAUCAACUGCCGUUGGGAGUCGACGCAGCAGGAGAAGCUCUUGUACAGUGCGAUCACGAGGAGGAUAGAGCAUGCGCUCCUCAAGCUCGAAGAAGACUCGAAGGAAGCGCUCGAGUGCCCCUGCACCCGGUUCGUCCACAAGCGAACGUGA